AUGGUACUAGGCCGGCUGUCGCACCCGCACCCGCACCCGCAUCUCAUGCGUCUGCACGGCUACUGCAGGGAUCGCAUCCAGCCCAUCCAUCUACCCAACAUCUCUCCUCCAACCCCUCUCAAUCCCUCUCGUGCAGAAAGAGGUGAUAGUCCUGCGGCGACUAAAGAGGUGAUCGUGCUGGGCCGGCUGUCGCACCCCCAUCUCGUGCGCCUGCACGGCUACUGCAACUCAACCCACCUCAACCCAUCCCCCUUCACAACCCCUCCCAACCCCGUGCAGAAAGAGGUGAUCGUGCUGGGCCGGCUGUCGCACCCUCAUCUCGUGCGUCUGCACGGCUACUGCAUGGAGCGAGAUGAAGCUCUGCUCGUGUACGAGUUCAUGACUGGAGGCUGCUUGCACCGCGCGCUAUCAGACAGUGCGAGCGGAGAGCUGUUCUUCAGCUGGAACAUGCGACUCAAGGUGGCGGUGCAGGUGGCAGAGGCUCUCGCGUACAUGCACGGACUCAACUUCAUUCACCGGGACCUGAAAGCGGCCAACGUGCUGCUGUCACCGGAGUACGAUGCGAAGCUGACAGACUUUGGCAUGGUGCGCGUGGGGCCGGAGGGACAGCUGGAGUCGAUCGUAUCAACGCGCAUCAUGGGCACUGAGGGGUACAUCGACCCCACCUACAUGGAGACUGGUCACCUGGGUGCCAAGAGUGACGUCUACUCCUUUGGCGUUCUCCUGCUAGAGCUGGUAACCGGCAGGAGAGUGGUGGACGAGGGAAGCAAGAUGGUCACCGAGUGCCGAACUCGCCUCUCCGAUCUCUCACUUAAAGCCGCAGAAUAUGUUGAUCCGCGUCUUGAAAACCAGUACCCGGAGCUGGGCGCCCGAACCUUGGCGACUCUGGCUCGGCACUGCGUGGCAGAGGCUCGGUCGAGCCGGCCGGACAUUGGGAGUGUAUUGGAAAAGCUUAAGUUAUUGGUUAAGGCGUGCGCAAAUGCUGAAGCGAAAGCGGCAGCUAAAGCUGCAGCACUGGAGGCAGGGGAAUCAGGGUCGGCUGAAAGGGGGAAUAUGGAGGUGAAUGGGGGUGAAGAGGGAUCGUCAGCAGCUGUGGCACCAGUACAGGUUCUUGGUUGA